CCAGAGAUAGAGCGAGAGAGAUGCGUAUAUUUAUUUAUUUAAAAUUGACAUCACAAACAUACUUAUUCUACUGUAUUUAUUUGAUUAUUUCUAAAUCAUAUUGUUUACUAAAUAGAAUAUAAUAGGUUAUCGAAUAUAUUUAAACAAUUUAUGAAGAAUAUUAACUGUUUUCAAAUUACAGUCAAUCUACUAUUUAAAUGUGAAAAACAAGAUUUUUUGAAGUUUUAUUAUAAGUACUUGUUUAUGAAAUGUCUGAAGAAAGAAAGAAAGUAUCAACGGAACAACUAAGAAUACUUGUGGAAGAAAUAGAGAAAGACUCCACUCUACUAAAUGGAAGACCGGCCGGCCGCGCGCCAACUAAAACUAAACAGGGAUACACAGAAAAGUGGGAAAACCUUACUAAAAAACUAAAUUCAGUUGAAAAUGGUACUAUAAAGAGUGUUACAAAAUGGCAACAGUCACUCCGUGAUUGGAAGUCAAAUACGAAAAGAAAAGCUGCGAGAAUAAUGAUAGAAAAGAAUAAUCGGAUGGAGUUAAACCAAGAGUUGACCACCCUGGAGCAUAGGCUGCUCAGUCUCUAUGAUGAGAACCCAUCUUCAUUAAAAUCUGGUGGCAUUGACAUCAGUUAUAUAGCAGAAGUUGAUCCACUAUCAUCAGAUGAUGCAACUAUGGAUGAUUAUUUAUGGAAUAAUGAAGCUGAAUCAAUACACACACCCUUUGAAUUGGCAUUACCCAAAGACUGUGUGAAAAUUGAGAGAGAAAAUGAGAAGAAUCAGAAAUUAGGUAAUAGAAACGAUCAGGAAGACAUACUAAAACGACUAACAGCCCUAGAGGCUGCACAGCAAGAAAUGGAAAAAUGCCACAGUGAACAUGUAACAGCUAUGAUAGCAGCAUUAAAGAGUCAUACAGAUGUGGCAUUCCGUCAAUCAAAAGCAAUGGAAGCACAAACACAGGCUAUUCUGAAAUUAUUAGAGAAGAAAGGCUAGUAUGAAUAGUAUUUUUAGACGAAAAUGAUAUGAGGUGUACAUAAAUAUAUAAUCUUAUAAAUAGUGUGUUUUAUCACUGUAUUUAAUUCAGAAGAAAAUAUGUUUAUAUAUUGUUGCAAAUUGGUAGUUACUGGCAGCCUACAUUCUACAGAAAAAAAACGGUCUGUGCCAAAAAACUAAAGAGAAAGUGCUAUGCUUGAAAUUUCUCUGAGGGAUCAAAUUGAAACGAAGUAAUGCGCCAGAGAACUAAGGUCACCAACAUAGUCCUAUGAAUCUGUAAGUGAAAGUGGCAGUGGGCAGGUCAUAUCUGUCGCCGAACCAGUGGUCGCUAGAGUAGAUGUGUUCUAAGGCGGGGACCGCGAAUUGGUAAACGGAGUUAGGUGGAGCGACGACAUACAUAGGAUUGCAGGUAAUAACUAGACCAGAAUGGCUGAAGAUCGUGCCCAGUGGCGUGCCUUGGCAGGUGCCUAUAUCUAGCAGUGGACCAGUGUGCUUAUGACAAUGUCAAAAAAUAUACUUAAAAUGUUCAUAUUAUGUUGAAUACUGUAAACACACAGAGCGUUUUCAGUUCGUUUUAUAUUGACGUCUAUAUUAAUUUAUAUAUGUAAUUAAAUGACCGAGCAUAAUUUCCCAAAAUAUGUAAAUA